AUCUAAAGAUACUUUCAGACUCUUGAAUUAAACCAUCUAAUCAUAAAUGGAUAGUCCGGGAGCGCUCUGCAAAGGAGGAUGCGGUUUUUAUGGCAGCUCAGUGACGGAUGGAUACUGCUCGCUGUGCUACAAAGAGGAACUCAGAAAGAAUCUUCAUUUACAAAACAGGCAGUCUUCUAAUGUUGCCUCACCUUCAGAAUGUAAAAAUGAAAAUAGAACAAAUCGAGCAUAUGCACUGGAUUUGUCGAAAAAUUACGGCCUUAAUGAUAGCGAUGUCGCAGAAUCAUCAUCUUUGAACUUGACCUUCGGAGAUGUUAGAAUAAAUUUGAACGACAUUUUCAAUGAAGAGUUGUCAAAUGACGAAGAGCCUGACAAUAAAGAAGACACUGAAUCUUCAAACGCCAGAAACAAGGCAGAAAAUGUGGCAUCUAAGACAUUUAAAAGAAACAAGUGCCAAGUCUGCAAGAAAAGAGUGGGACUGACUGGUUUUGACUGCAGAUGUGGGGGGCUGUUCUGCGGUCUGCACCGAUACUCGGACACACAUGGUUGCACCUUCAAUUACGUGACCCAAGCUCAGAAAGAAAAAGAAAAACCCAAAAAUUGAAAAACAAAAAAUUGAUAAAAUUUAGCAUUCUUUACAUGAAAGUGUACAAAUAAAUUGUGUACAUGUCUUUAAAUCUAUCAACUUUGAUCUGUAUUUGUAUAUGAAAUGUAAAUAAACUGAUUAUAGUUAGAAAUGUGUUGUUAGUUUAAUAUUUUGAAAUAUAUUAAAACAAUAUAAUAAUUACUAAUCUAUUAAAUUAAAAUCACAACUAACAUUGCGGCAACAAAUGAAAACUCAAUAGCUAUGUAACAAGAUUUGAAGUGCGUCGAGAAUUUUUUUUGACAUUCAACAACGUGAACGAUCAUGCCAGGUAAACGUUUCAAAUUUUACUUGGCAUUAUUGGGCACCAUUCUUUGUUUGUGGUUGUGAAAUGUUUAAAUCGAAGCGUUGCAAAUAACAUAGCAUACGUACAAGGAAACUACUACAUUUUUUGAAAAGCUUAUAAAUUUUGUAAAUUUGAAUUAAAUUGUAUGAAAAACUAUUUUUAAGUUAAUUCGCGUUAAUAAAAAAAAUUUUUUUUAAAUAUAAUCCAGACGUCUUCCGUUUUAAAUACAUUAUAUUUAGUCAAAAACAUUUAUUCAACCAGAUAUUUCGUUUCAAGUAUAAAUGUUUAUUGUUUACAUUGAAUGUGAAUUUGAAUGUAUAUAUUCGCAACUUUGUAUUUCGUGGUAGUUUCAUAUGGGAGUGAACGAAUUUGUACUGGAUAUUCCCAUCUAUCAUUAACGUUUCGUUCCUUUGUACUAACCUCAAAAUUAUUUCAACUCUUUAUGCACAAAAUAUAGCUUGCAAAUUUAGUUAAUUAAGUUGGUCUGCGUAUUUCUAAAUUAGCAAAUUAAUUUAAUAUCAUCUAUCAAUACAUCACUUAUGAUCGUUAUUAUGCAAAUUUUUUUUAAUUAGCCUGCAAAGCAUUUCAUUUCAUUAAUACUACAAUCGUUGGACUUAGUAUUUCAAAAUUAGCAAAUUUUUUUACUAUCAUUCGAUAUUUUUGAUGAAAAUGCAAAUCUCAGGAUUAUAAAAUUCAUUGUUAGUUCUCCUUAUAAUUACAAUA